AUGAAACGUACCUCACGUAUCAGAGAAGGUUCCAAAGUAACUAUCUUGAGAUCAAGUGUGGGUGAAGUAAUUGCUCAUCCACUUCUUGGAACUAGGUGGAAAACUAGGCGAAUCUUAGCUACAGUUAUACAACCAGCACUUAGUAACAACCGUUGGGUAAUCAGGUUUGAUGAAACCCUAGAAGUAGAAAUUGAAGCCUCUGCAGCCUGUAUGAAGUUCGUAACCAAUGAAAGUUCAAGUGAUAGUCUUUACAAUGAAGACAAUGAUUUAUUACCUGAAUUAGUCAUUA